AUGUGUGAGAAUAUAGCAAGGCCAAAAGCACUAUUUAUAGUAUGGCUUCAACAACAUGACAUGCUACUCACAGCAACAAAGUUGAAAAAUUGGGGGAUUCAAGUUGAUACCAACUAUAUUAUGUGCAAACUGGUAGACGAAAGCAAGGAUCAUUUGUUUGCUGAAUAUGCAAUUGGCAUUGGUAGGCAAGUAUGGAGUAAACUAAUGAACUGGUUACAAAUUGCUUGGCCGGCAAUGAGUUUAUGGAGACAUAUGCAGCACUGGAUAGAGCAACAUACACAAGGGAAAACAAACCAUGGAAGACUUGUGAAGCUGGUGUAUGCAGAGUUUGUCUAUGCAAUUUGGAUUGAGAGGAAUAAUAGAAUAUUUGUCUAG